AUGCUGCACGAGGAAGACAAAGCCUUGGAGCCCUUGAUGCGGGUCGUGCACUCCACCGGAGGCCUGGAGGUUGGAGACCAGCUGUCUGCCAUCCUCGUGGCCAUGCAGCUCCUUCGGAAGAAGAGCCGCUGGGGCCAGAUCGUGCAAGCAGGUGGUCAUGCGGAGCUCCCUGACCACCCGUGA